UGGAGAUGACGUAGCUUUGCAGAAUAACGUUGACUUAUCGGCUUCCAACUGCUCCGAUGUUGAGUGGAUUUACAGCAGACACACAAGUUCAGCGUCUCAUGAGGAGUUUGGUUCUGGAGGAGCUGAGAAGACGUGGCCUGGAGCUGGCAGGAUGGACAGGAACUGCUCCCUGAUCAUCGCCAACAUCACCGCUGGAGACGCUGGUCUCUACGAGAGCCGGCUGAGGGACAAGUACAACACCAUUGUGUAUCUCAGUGUUUUAACAAUCUCUACAUCUCCACCAGAUGUGGAUCCAGGAAGGGAUGGAAACGUGACAUUACGCUGUUCUCUGGUGAGAGACCGUUACUUCGGUCCCUGUAAACAGAACAGCAUCAUCUGGGUGGAUGAGACAGGAAGUGUGCUGCUUGGUAAAGGUGAUGGGUUUGUGUCUGGAGGACAGAACAACUGUGUUUCUGAUUUGAUGGUGAAACAUCAGAGACGCUCCAAGAGACGAUUCACCUGCCAGGUUGUUGAAGGAGACAGAGUGAAGAUAGAUGCUGAAUACACGCUGGACUUUACAGAUGAUACGGGAUUGAUUAUUGGAUGGGCGGUCGGGGGACUCAUGGUGGUUCUGGUCAGCAUCGCUACGUUUCUCAUCAUUUACAGGAUGAAAGUUAAAAGGAACAAUCCCAGAAAUCAAACAGAUGUUCGGUUGCCAAUGCAGCAGUAUGUGAACAAGGAUGAAGAUGAUGAUGAUGUGGUGAUCUAUGAAAACGUUGGAGACAUGUAUGCUUCUGUCCGAUCCACAGAUCAAUAAAUCAGCUAUGUGUGAUGGAAACAUUAGCGUUAGCCUGGAUACAGAUCAUUUUGUGAUCUUCAAAAAUACUCUUUUCCUCUUUUCCGCUUUUCCUCGGUGUCACUCCUGCAUCGAGGCGCCUGAUGGAUGUUUGACCCGCUAGCAUGCUAACGAUGUAUUAAAUCUCCUAAACUGGGAUCAUCUCUCUUCAUUCCUGAUAGUCUCAUGCAUAUAUUAAUCAUGUUUGUAAAAUAGCAUUUUUCCAUCUCCGUAAUGUCACAAAGAUUAGGAGCAUCCUCUUGCAGAGCGACGCGUGUUCUGAUCUAGUUGGAACAAUUUUAGUAAAUAUUUAGCCACUAGGGGCCACUUGUCUCAUUUAUGAGCCUCAUGUUCUGUUUUGUACCAUGUAGGCCGCCUUCUUGGUUUUUCUUUUUUUGACUGUGACCGAUUGUAGAGCUGAGCAGGCAGCGGAUCACAUCCAUCCUUUUUUGGAGAAUGAGGGAAUUGUCUGUAAGUACAGUUUUAAGAUACAUAUAUUAUAUUGAAGUUACAUUUGUUUUCAUCUGAGCUUGUAUUUUGUUUCAUGCUGUUUAUCAGUUGUAGUUCAGUCAACUAAAAUAAUUUGUAGUGCUCUGUCAGCUAUAUUGAAGCUUUAUAUCUGUAGCCUCACGUGCUUUAUACCUUUAAGGUACCGUGAAAUAUGUUGAUCGAUGGGGUUUAUCCAAUAAGUGUUCAUUGUUGUAUUCUUUUUAUUUCAGUUUUACCCAAUUCAUAUGCUGUACACAA